UUCAUAUCACAACAUCUCUCAUUCACUCUUUCUAUCUAUCUCGAGAUCUUUACAAGCAACCUGAAGUUUACAGUUCACUCCUGAAAGAUACAUAUUAACAAAUUUAGCUAGAGAGAUUGAAGAAAUGGCAUCAUCAAUGGUCAAUGUGUUUGGGGCUAGAGUAUCAUACAGCCCAUCACCAAUGAAGUGUGUAAUGACAAGAUCGGUUUCAACAACAACGAGAGUUAAUAGUGUUAGUAUCAGAGCAGAAGCGAUAAACCCUGAUAUAAGAAAGACUGAAGAGAAAGUAGUGGACGCUGUAGUGGUCACUGAACUGUCAAAACCCCUCACUGCCUAUUGCAGGUGUUGGAGGUCAGGGACAUUCCCAUUAUGUGAUGGAGGUCAUGUGAAACAUAACAAAGCUACUGGUGAUAACGUAGGCCCAUUGCUCUUGAAAAAACCCAAAGAAUAAUUUUCUGUUUCUCUCUAUUUUUGUUGGAUGAGUUUGGAGAAGAAUUUUGUUACAUAUAUGUAAAAGGGAAGGAUUUUUACAUUACUACUAGUUGUUUAACACUCUCGUCUUCUUUCAUGUUAUAAAAAUGUUCUCUUUUAUUUUGCAAUUUA